ACCAAUCAGUGUAGAGAGGCAAAACAACCAGGUUGCAGAUGCUGAAGUACAGAUGGAUAUAAAACUACUACAAAGAAAUGGUCAAAGUGGGUCACAAGACAGCUGUGACAAGACUUAGCUGACCCAGGAUCAGACAAACACAGGGAGACCACAAUGGAUUAUGAACCCAAGAAGUCCAAAAAGGGUUUUGUCUCUCCCAUUAAACGAUUGGUUUGGUCCAAAGCGAGUCGCAGGCCCGUUGAACGAGGCAGCGUUUACCGACGUCCUUUGCACACUGUCCCCCUCUACCCUCCUGACUUCCUCAUCCACCCUGAGAGACUCAUCUUUGACUAUGUGGAAAAGGAGGUCAAGUUCCUUGGUCACCUAACGUGGGUGUCAGUUUCUCUGAACCCGUCCAGUCGAGAUGAACUGCUGCAACUGCUUGACACAGCAAGGCAGUUGAGAGUUCUGCCUUUAAAGACCAGCAUGGACCAAGACUGUAUCCUGAGUCUGUCGGCUCGCUGCUUGUUGCUCACGUGGCGAGACAAUGAGAAGCUGCUGAUGAGAAUUCCCACUCAUGAGAUUGCUGCGGCCUCCUACCUGAGAGAUGAUGCGCUUCACUUGCUGGUCCUCAAGACAGGUCUAAAUGUGGACACUGUAGUUGCCGGGGACAACAGUCUGGAUCGAAAGAAUCCAACAGGCAUUGAUGGCCGACGUCAAACCAUGAGCUGCAAUGCUGACCCACGGCCAUCGGGGGGUACGAUGGAACGACGACACACCAUUUGUGGAGUGGAUUGGAGGCCCUCGCUGUCUAGGAGUAACCAUGACAAAAACCAGAAUUUGGACAGAGGCGGGGGGUGUGACAGGGGAGGGGUAGGAGGAACAGGAGGAAGUGGGGGGAGUUUGGAAAGGAAGCGAGCAGGAGGGAGCUGGGAGAGGAGGCAACCGACGCGCAAGACAGGUGGAAGCUGGGAGAGCCGCCGGCCGAGGCCAGUGAGCGGUGUGGGGCCCGUAGUGGGAGGCAGCUGGGAGGGGCGACAUGGAGGAAGUGGAGGAGGAAGCUGGGAGAGGCGGCAUGGAGGAAGCGGUGGAGGAAGCUGGGAAAGACGGCAGGCUUGUACGGGCAGUUGGGAGAGAGGUAAGAGCUACGGCAGCUGGGAGAGAAGGAACCACAAUCCACUGGAGCCGACACCCUGCCCUGAUGCCUACUGCAACCUGGUCAUCCUAGCUGUGGAGAACCGAGAUGCGGCAGAGGAGUACUGUUCUCUUAUCUGCCAGAUGUUCCAAAUCAUUUACGGCCAUCAGACCAUUGAGUGCGUUGACAGAGCUGGGUUCCAUCAUACUAUGCCGGACUGCUAUUGGCUGCAGAGAAGUGACAGCUGUCUGACAGACACAUCCUACAGUUAUGAUCCAGAGUACAGCUGUUGCAGCUCAUAUGAUGGAUCCCAGGACGCAUUUGAGCUUUACUACAGUGAGACGUACAGCGAAAGUUCGUCCCUGUCACUGCAGGAAUCCCACCGCAGUCUGGUAUCCGCCACCGACGUGGGGGAGAGCAACCCCACCCUGACGCUCAUGCAGGAGUACAUGACCACGCUCAGGAACAAGCUGAAUGCUGUGGAGUUGCAGCGCUUUGCAGUCUUGCUGAGAGAAUACAGACUGGGGUCAAACAUAGAACAUUUCUGCUCCGAGCUGCUGCAGUUGUAUGGAGACAACCGCAAGUUUCUGCUCAUGGGAAUGCGCCCGUUUAUACCAGACAAGGAUGUCGGAGUAUUUGAAAACUUCCUGGAAAGUAUUGGAAUCCGCGAGGGUGGAAUUUUGACUGACAGCUUCGGACGCAUCAAACGCAGCAUGAGCAACACAUCGGCCACCGCCAUGAGAGGGUAUGACAGCUGCUCUCUGGCCUCAGGAUCUCAGGAGUUCAACCGCCGCAUCAGUGACAUCACACAUGACAUCCAGGCCCUUGGCUUUGAAAACGCACAUGGGGACAUUGAGGAGGAGGACUAUUACCUCUAAGUAAACUGGCUUCCUGUAUAACAUCACAUUAUGAGACUUGAUUUGAUUUAAUUUUUAUUAAGGAUCCCCAUUAGCUGGUUGCCACAACAACCCACUAGUCUUCCUGGGGUCCACAAACUCAAUACAAUUACAAGUUAAAGCAUAAAUUUGAACUCAUCAUGUCAGCAAAUUCCCAAUUUGUAUACAGAACAGCAAAUAUGUAUAAUAAAUGUUAUUCUAUAUUUCCCUUGU